UAAAUUCCCGAGCUGGAAUUCCGAGUUGGAUGACCGUUCAAAACGAUUUCUCAGUCGCAGCUCGUUUUUUCCCCCGACUUCUCAGUUGUCUUGAACGCUCUGGUGUCGGAAGUCGGAGAACGCGGCAUAGGAUAUCUCCGACCCCCGACCCCCGACUUCAGUGCGUUCAAGACAACUGUGAACUCGGUGAAAAAACGAGCUCGAUUUGAAAAAUCAUUUUUAACGGUCAUCCAACUCGGAAUUACAAGUCGGAAACUCGUGCUUCAUCCAUUGUAUGCCAGCAGGUCAAACGAACGACUAAAAUAAACGAGUCACUCUGAGAAACGAAUCAUGGCUCUCGAGUCAACUGCACAUCAUGGUUGAUGCAUGCAACUUCUGCAGCAGAAUGCAGCCCGCAUCGCGAGGACUCCGCCACGUUAUCUGCCCAGGCGUUGCUGACGCCAGCCAGAUCUUAGAACACCUGGAUGGUUGAUGCAAGCAACUUCUGAGCAGGGGAACACAACCAACAUCUCGACCGACCUUGACACACAUGGCGAGCCAAUCAAUCAAGUGCACCUGAUGUGUUGAUUUACCGUUCAUUUUUCUGAUCUGUCGGUGUCACUCUUCUAAUCUUAAAGUAAUUUCAAAUGGCUGGGGACAUAGCAGAAGCAAUUAGGUUGUUGGCGCAUCUCCGUGUCACAGAGCUACGUUCUCUAAUGGCUGCCAUGGGCCAGACCAAGAGUGGUCUGAAGUCCAAUCUGCUGGUGAGGGCUGUGGGGGUUAUACAGACCCAGUGCAAUCCCCACCUGCUCACAGUCGUGCGCCAGCUCUACCAGGAACGCUACUCCGACCAGAUAGUUCCUGGCAGCAGACCGACGACUCGUGGAAGCCACCAGGAGGAGCAGACCGUGGCGCCGGCGGAGGAGCCAUCACACAACCCCACACAGCACAUAAACAAUCUGACACACAACCCCACACAGCACAUAAGCAAUCUGACACACGACCCCACACAGCACAUAAGCAAUUUGACACACGACCCCACACAGCACAUAAGCAAUCUGACACACGACCCCACACAGCACAUAAGCAAUCUGACACACGACCCCACACAGCACAUAAACAAUCUGACACACGACCCCAGGUUGUUCCAGAUGGUACCCCUUCCCUUUUACCAAGCCCUGGGGACAGUCCUACCCCCCACACAACUGGUGGGCUCUUUCUUUUCCGACAUGCAAAACCAGGAGUUCAUCCUCAUGCUGACGCCAAAGCAAGUGGAGCAGAACAGAAACUGCAAGGAGCUGCGACCAGGUGUGCAGAGUGUCCAGGUGGUUCUCAGAUUCUGCUUCACAGAGAGUCUUGGGUACGAGGAGGAUCAAUACCCACCAUGCCUGUCCAUCAAAGUUAAUCAGAAACGCAUACCCUUACCGGAACUUCACAGACACUGUACACCCAUCAACAUAACCCCAGCAGUUUCUCCCGGCCUCCUCCCCUCAUUUCAUUUAUAUGUCUGGUGGAAGAGAUGUUGCAAAAGGUACUCUGUGGCUGUGUACCUGGUGAAGGUGCUGUCCCCCUCAGACCUCCUCAGUCAACUGAAGAGCCAAUCAGUGGAGAGUCUGACAUUCUGCAGACAGCGCAUCCAGGAGAAGCUGCGUUUCGACCCAGAAUGUGAGGUGACCACAACAGGACUACAAGUGUCCCUUAUAUGUCCGCUGGGGAAGAUGCGUCUGUCAGUGCCCUGCAGGGGGCGUAAGUGUGCACACCUCCAGUGCUUCGACGGGACGCUCUACCUGCAGAUGAAUGAGAAGAGGCCCACCUGGACCUGCCCAGUGUGUCACGAGCCAGUUCCGUACAGCCAGCUAACUAUCGAUGGGCUACUGACAGUGAUCCUGGCGUUGGAGGGCUUUCAGGACAAUACAGAGGUAGAAUACCUGGCUGACGGCUCUUGGAGGUUUGUUAUAGAUGGCGUGAGCAGGACAACACAGCCAUUCGCACCGUUGGAGAAGAUGGAGGCCUGUAGUGCUAGUGUGACUGCAACCACCAGAGCCGUGUCAAAGGAAGUCGUCACUGUGGACCUUACGCAGGAGUCAUCCGAGGACGAGGCUGAUGAGGUCACAAAGGUGCGCCAUAACGAUGACCUCCCCGACAGGAACGGGUUUCAUGAAGUUGCUCAAGGUUCUGUAUGGUCAUCAAUGAUAAAUCCAUCACAGAGAUUAACAGUACAACACAUGUCGGCGCAGAGGUAAAAUGUGUAUGUUUGUUUACAGUUAACCUGGACACAGACCUUUCAGGUCCAGUGGUCAGAAGAAAAAAAAAAUUGCCUAAGAGGCAAUGGUUACUGAGCAGUCCCAAGAGUCUAGAAACUUAACUCACAAUUAUUGAGCAUGGUUACAUGCACACAAUACUACGAUUAUUGGGGAUAGCUAGAUUUGAUAUAAUAGUUUGUUUUAAAACGUUUAGGCCUACAUGCUUUGCAAGAAGAAUGAUUUCCCUAAUAAUCCUGUGUAGAUUGACACAUCUGAAAUCGGGUAACCACAGUAACCAUGUUUUUUGUGAAGCCUAUUUGAUGCUGAGGUUCGGACAUACAGUAUAAAGUGUGUAUGUGAAAACUAUUUCUAAGAUAAUUUUUUUCCGAACUCACUUCACUCGCGCAUUAGAGGAAGGGUUGCGCUACUGGUGCUGGCACAUGCACAGAUCAGAUGCGUUGCUGGAAUGCCAAUUAAAUUGUUUACAAGUCCUAAUAAUUCCGAAGAUUGCUCUAAAAAUCAGGUGUUUUAUUCGUUGUAAGCUUACUUCAAUUUUGACCUGAAGCCAUUUUUAAGAUGAGCAGAGUAAUGUUUUUACAUGACUAUUUCCAUACAUUGCCUACGUCAUAAUCCGUUUAAUAUCUAAUUAUUGUGCAUGUAAAUGUACUCAUGUUAAUGUAUUUAAUGCUUUUUUGUAAUACCAAUUUCUAAUAAAAAUGAUUGUUUCACUCUCCUAAAACAUGUUUUGAGUCAAGUUCAAGAUAUUGUGGAGGAGUAUAAUAAGAAUAAAAUUGGUAGAUGGAUAGGCCUAGAUCAGGAGUUCUCAAACUUUAAUGGAAAAGGACCCCCUGGGCGAGGACUCCUGGGCGAGGACUCCUGGGCGAGGACCCCCUGGGCGAGGACCCCCUGGGCGAGCUGCCAAUAUGCUAGGCAAUGACUACCACUGCUGUAGGCUAGUGAGACGGGCAAAGGCUAUAUUUGCAUAUUGAUGGCAAAAUAUGAUUGUU